AUGUCUUCUAAGAAUAAAAGUGAGAAAACGGACAAAACGGAAAAAGCCCUGGUAGCGGAAAAGGAACAAUUUGUCAAACUUCAGCUGCAAAGCAUUUCAAAGUGCCUCACGUCUACCGAGGCACCAAUCAAGGAUAAAUAUGGCCGCAGUAUUGUGUUAGGAACCCAUAAAGAAGGUGGAGCACUUACUUUCUGGUCCCACUCAGCAAGUCAGCCUCUGGCCAGCAACGCCAUUGUCAGCUGGAAGUUCUGUCAUAUGGUGCACAAACUCCUACGCGAUGGCCAUAGCAAUACCCUUCGAGAUAGCUGUGGACAUACACCAAGUAUUAAGCAGUUGGGAACUUUAUGGGGAAGCCUUCAUGACCGAUAUGGACAUCUUGUUGCUUUGUAUGCCAAGUUCCUGUGCCUUAAAAUCGACUUUCAUUGUAAGUAUACAGGAAUUCCACCAAAUCUUGAAGCUCCUGAUAAGACCCUGGAGAGGGUUAUUACAAUUGAUAUCAACCAAGUAUUUGAAAUGGCUAGUGAGGUGAUGGACUACAUGGAUGCAGCUCUCAUAUUACAAGAAACGGUUUUCAGACAACUUGAGUCCAACUCUGCGAGUUCGACCACUGCCGUGGGUCAGUGCCGUCUGUCCCCUCUGGUCCAGCUCAUCCAAGACUGCAACCUUCUCUAUUACUUCCUGGUCAAGCUCCUGUUCAAGCUACACAGUCGGAUAGCAGUGGAUGCCCUGUUAGGUCAUCGAGAGCGGUUCCGUGAGCAGUUCAACAGCAUUAGCCAGUUUUUUGAGAGAGCCCGAGGCCUGGAGUUCUUCAAAACAAUUGUACAGAUCCCUGAUUUUCCUGAUUCCCCUCCAAAUUUCCUGCGCACGGCUUCGUACUCAGACUACGCCAAGCCAGUGGUGUUUCGUAAUCGGUUACCUGAAGAUGACGACACAGAUGUUCAGCUAGAUGUUGGUAAAGCAGGAUACCCAAUGUUCCAUCCUUACACCCAGUAUGACCCGCUGAGUGAUGCAUCAAUGCAGAGUGAAACCGAGGCUGAGUCUUUAAGGAAGGAACUUCAAGCGAUGCAACCUGAGGUGCAGAUGUUCAAAGCAGAGGCCGUUCGUGCUGUGGCCCAGCUGAAGGAACAGGUAAAUAAGCUGGAGGCAGAAGUGGAUGAGCAACGCACCCACAAGCAGAUGGCUAAGGUGGAGAGUGAGCAGCUGCGUAUGGAGGUGGAGGCACUCAGGCAGCAGGCAGCAGUCGCCGCCAGCAUUCAGGCGUCUAUGGACGACGUAGGAAACCGGGUUCAAACCACCCAGAUGCAUUAUAACCGGCUUAAAGAGAAGCACGCAGAGCUGGUGACCAGGCAUGCCGACCUCAUGAGAAAGAAUGCAGACAUGGUGAAGGAGCUAGCCAGCACCCGACAAGCCAAGGAGGAACUGGUGAAGGCCAAUCAGCAGACAAUGGGGGAGCUGGAGAAACACAAACAGGAGAACAACUUAAAACUUGAAGCACAGAAGGUAGAAAUAAUCCAACUUAAGCAAGAACUGCAGACUGGAAAAGCUAAAAUAACUCAACUUCAGAGUGCUCUACAGAGCAAAGAAAAGGCCGGGGAUCAGCUGAGCAGUGUACUGGUGGGGCUCCAGGCUGAAAAGGAAAAACUGAUGCGUUCUAUGAAAGAUCAGGAAUCUGAGCUGGCUAACCUGCGUCAGGCUGUUCAACUCCAUCAAUCCACUCUACAGCAGGAGAAAGAGAAGAACCAGAGAGAGAUCGACUCAGUGCAGAGUCAACUACAGGACAGUCUGAAACGGGAGCAGGAACAGCAGCUGGAGAUCGCCCGACUCAAGCAAGAGCUACAGGAGAAGAGAGCAGAAGCAUCAAGUGCCCAAACUGCUCUUUACACCAGGGAGACGGCAGGACAAGAAAUGAGCAGUGCGCUGGUGGGGCUGCAGGCUGAGAAAGAAAAAUUGAUGCGUUCGGUAAAAGAGCAUGAAACUGAGCUCACUAACCUUCGUCAGGCCGCUCAGCUACACCAGGUCACCCUGCAGCAGGAGAGAGACGAGAACCAAAGAGAGAUCAACUCCCUGCAGAGCCAACUAAAGGCCAAGUCCAAUCAGGAGUCUAUGCUGCAGCAGAAAUUGCAGGAUGAGGAGUUUUGCUUGUUGCAGUGUGCAGUGGUGGAAUCAGAGGGAAUCAUUCUAAACGCCGUGGCCAAAGUUGACGACCCCAUGUACGUGCGCUGUGUUUCCACUCCGGAGUAUUUGAUCAAUCGGGCUGAGACGACCCUGCUGUCUAUUGAUAAAAUGCAGCAGAGCCAUGCUGACUAUGUGAGCAAUUUAGAUGAUGCCAGCGGGCUCCUGAGAGCAGUUACUCAGUUCUUCCACCUUGCAGCAGACACUAUAGUUAAUGGAGCUGCCACCUCCCACUCUGCACCCACUGACCAAGCUGACAGGCUCACAGAUAACUGCAGGGACUGUGCCACCAACUGUCUAAAGUUUCUUAAAGAUCUAAAGCUGAAAGCCACGCUGCAAAGGGCUGACCCGAGUGCCAUCCGCCAUGUGGUCCAGCAAAUCCUCAAUCAAGCUCAUGAACUGCACUGUAGUAAUGCAGAUAUUCAGAAAGCAGACCUGGAGGACAUGGUGGAUAAAGAGAUGGCUGCCACAUUCACAGCUAUUGAGGAUGCUGUUAUGAGGAUGGAGGAAAUAUUGAACCAAGCAAGAAGAGACACAUCUGGAUUGAAAUUGGAGGUUAACCAAAGCAUUCUGGGUUCCUGCUCUGAUUUGAUGAAAGCGAUACACAUGCUGGUCACAGCUGCUACUGAUUUACAGAAGGACAUUGUGGAGAGUGGUCGGGGCUCUGGUUCUGCGAAAGACUUCUAUGCCAAGAACUCCUGCUGGACUGAAGGGCUCAUCUCAGCCUCCAAGGCUGUAGGUUGGGAAGCUACGCAGAUGGUUGAGUCUGCUGAUAAAGUAGUAACAGACCGAGGUAAAUAUGAAGAGUUGAUAGUGAGCUCUCAUGAGAUUGCAGCAAGCACAGCCCAACUAGUAGCUGCUUCAAAGGUAAAGGCAGACCGAGGCAAUAAAAAGCUUCAUACGUUGCUGCAAGCCUCUCGUCAUGUAAAUGAUACGGCUGUGACUGUUGUGACCUCAACCAAAGCAGGACAGAUGCAAAUUGAAGAUAAGGAUCCCAUGGAUUUUUCUGGCAUGUCCCUGAUCAAGCUGAAAACGGAGGAAAUGGAUUCUCAGGUCAAAGUGCUGGAGCUGGAGACUCAGCUGUCCAAUGAACGACAGAGACUGGGAGAACUGAGGAAAAAACACUACGAGCUGGCUGGAGUUCCCCUCGAGCAGCCCGAGAUGGAUCUCAAUGGCUUUGUCAACGAUUUACUUUCAGUGAUGCCUAAACCACCUAAAAUUGCCUCAAAAAAGCCUUCCAUCUUUCAAAAAUCUGGCAGCCUCAUUAAGAGUAAAUUUAGAUAACAAAGUGGCGUACAGCUGAAACUAUGUCUGAAGAAAAUUUGGGGUCUGCUGGAAUGGAAUGCACCCUGUGUAGGGUGUUCCCGCCUCGUGCCCAGUGUUUCCCAGUGAUACUGGACCUGCCACAUCUGUGACCAGGAUAAAAAAGUUGAUGAACAUGAAAUUAAAUAAA